CGAAAUUCUACACGAGUACAAGGCUAACUAUAAAAUUUUAAAAAAAUAAUUGGUUCACUCUUAUUUCUUUAAUAUUAUUGUGUUAUUUUGUGUAAGUUAGUACUAAUGAGAAAUGGAUUUCAACAAAAAAUGAUUGCCCCGAAAACCGAUGGAAAAGGCAACAAAUUCCUGGCGGAAUUCCAGAAAGUGGAGAAGAAGACUUGCGGGUCCUGUGGGAUAGGAUGCUGCAAGGGCAUCGUCAUCUUUCUGUGUGUCAUAGUUAUUCUGGUCGGCAUAGUCGAGAUAGCAGCGUGUGUGACCACCGCACUGGCAACCAAGUUGUUCAGCAGCGACCUGUCCGGUCGUUUGGUCUCCCUGAUCGUGUUAACUGUGACUGCGGCCGUCGCUCUGUCCGUCGGUAUAUACGCCGUCGUAGGCCUGUUUAGGAAGAAGAGGAAAGCUUUACAUGUCGCCGGCGUGGUUCUCGUCAUCAUGGCGAUCAUCCAAGCCCUGAUCUGCGGCCUGGCCAUCAAGAUCACGCCCAAAGAUGACAUGACCCUGGCGGAGUCUUUGAAGGAAUCCUUCAAGCUGGCCUCGGCUGGGAACCCACGGCAUGUCAAACUAUGGGCUAUAACUAGUAGUGACUUACAAUGCUGCGGUCUCUACGGGCCCGAAGACUACCGUGAUCCCAGGGUGCCCCCCAUCUUUGCUCCAGACGUGCCCAUCUCGUGCUGCCCCACCUACAACGCGAGCAAGUCUGACCUGGUCCAGGAGACCGCUAGGGAGACCUGCAGGGCCAACAGGUCGUUCUUCGAUGUCGGCUGCGGUACGCUGAUCAAGAAUGUGUUCAGGAAUUCGGCAGCGGCCGUCAUGGCUACUUCUAUAGUUUUGAUCGUUUUUGAGGUGAUAUUAUCGUUCCACGUUUACAUAAUGUACAGAGUGUAUAAAAAACAAGAGAGGCGAUAUAAGGGCGAAAAAGAAACAGAAGAAAAGAAGACAGUUGAAGCUGGGGGCUCUAGCGAACAAAAAUAGAAAAUCUAAAAGCUUAACAAAAGAACAAAAUACCUACUUAAACUGUAACUAGAACUUACGCUUUUUUGUUGCAUAGACUGUGGUGCCAUCUAGGAGAUUAUGACAAAAUUAAAAGGUAAAUUCUUACAAACCCUGAAUUUAAGAAAAA